AUGGACGCCCUCAAGAAUCUCUCUGCAAACAUACCAGAUUGGCUGAAACGCCUGGAUGAACUCAGCGGUCAAAUCGAACAGCGACAACUCGAGCUGGCCAAGCUCGCCGAAGCUCACCAACAGGCCGCCAAACAAAAAUCUAUCAGAAACAAGGGCUCUACCGAGUCUCUCAGACCUACCGACGAAUCUACCCCAACCCCUACAAGCGAAAAGGAUGCACCAGCAAAACAGUCACAAGAGUCACCAGCAGACCCUGCAACGACAGCCCCUACGAAUCCUCUCCUUACCUCUGAACCCCGCGAGACAUCUUCUCUACAACCCACACCGUCCGGGAAACUGAAUUCGGAUCACAUUGUAACAAUGGCGGAGAAAAGGGCGAGGAGAAACGUGCGUAAACGUAUCAGGACUGACUCGGUUCUAUCGGCCGACGACACCGGCGAGGGUGCUGCACCCAAGUACCGCUGUCGAGGGGUGGUGCUGGUCUACUACGACAGUUACGUGCAGAGCUUUUUCGAGGAGCUAGUCAAGUUCGUUUCCGCAUCUCGCAACCUUAUGCGCAAGGCCAAGAUGGCUGCCAAGGUGGCCCAGAUAAAACGUAUGGCCGAGAUGGAGGUGCCGGACGACGACGAAGACGACGACGGAAUCAAUGGCGAGCUCAAGGCGGACCCAAACAUAUCAUUAUCCCCAGGCCCCAUGUUGGCCGGUCCCCUGGCGCCAAGCCCGACCCUGGAGGCGUCGCCGAUCAGCGCAGGUGACGGCGAGGUGGGAACGCCACCUCUAAACUACGUCAGCACGAGAGCGAUGCGAUACGGCCGUGCAAGCCCGGGUGGCCCGAACCUGCUCCGGCCGACGUUUGCACGCGCAGCAGCCCGCGGCGCCUACUCUGGCAGUGGGCUCGCGAUGCUGACGACGCCGCAGGUUCCCGACGCGUUCGACGCCCUCGACAAGGGUCUCGAUUUCGUGCAGGCCACUUGCGAGCAGGCGGCCCAUCAGUUUCUGAGGGACGGCGACUGCGACGAAGAGAUUGUGAAGCUUAAGGCGCGUCUCGCCGAGACGGCAGAGCUGGCGAGCAAGGAAAUGGAGCGGAGGCUGAAGGAAGACCCUGAUGUCGGCAACACGCCCGAGCCGGUCAAGAGCAGAUCGUACAGGUUACAGAGCAUGCGUCGAGAGUCCGCGACCUCGACUCUAAAGGACAUCAAGGAUCGUGCCCUAUCGCCAUCGCCCCUGGUGCCCAGUUCGCCUCUGGAUCCCUCACCUCCGCUUUUGGCAGCGUCUCCGGAAGCAACCCUAUCACCACCCAUCGCUGCCCCGGAAAAGACUGCUGGGAGCGAUGUUGUCAUCUUGCGUACCGAUGCGAGACUAGAGGCGGACGGGCCCACCGAAGCGAUCAAGUUCAGUCCCAGGGAUACGGUGGACUAUCGGGUGUUGAACACGGUACAUUGA